AUGGCGACUAGACCACCGAUGAUGCCGCCUCAUAAUGAGACCGAACACUCGGUCAGCCGGAUAACUCGAGAGGGCAAACAGCUUACCUACAAAUUGAGUGUGAUGCAGCAGCCUGAGCGGGCCAGAGCCUGUGGUGCAGGAGCAAAGUCAUCUGCCGACCGUCGCCCUGUUGAUCCUCCGCCGGUCGUCGAACUCCGUAUCUUCGAGUCCGAUCCCACCAACGAAGCCCAUCAGACCGAUAUCACCUUUGCCUACAAUGCGAACUUCUUCCUCUACGCGACUUUGGAUACUGCACGCCCUAUCGCCCACGGGCGGGUAUCUGGACCGCCGUCUUGUCCGGUCUUGACUGGUGUGCCAGUCGCUGGCAUCGCGUACCUUGACCGUCCAUCGCAAGCGGGUUACUUCAUCUUCCCAGAUCUAUCGGUGCGCCACGAAGGACGGUAUCGGUUGAACUUCCACCUGUAUGAAGAGAUCAAGGACGCCAAGGAUGCCGAUAGAGACUCGAAUCUUCCUCUGCCUAACCAGAUUACUCCUGUCGGCGGAGCGAAGCCAGAUUCGCCACAAGCAUUCCUGCAUUUCCGCCUCGAGGUCAAGUCAGUACCGUUCACAGUCUACAGUGCGAAGAAGUUUCCGGGCCUAGCGACUAGCACAUCUCUAAGUCGCAUCAUUGCUGAGCAGGGCUGCCGUGUUCGUAUCCGUCGUGAUGUCCGCAUGAGACGUCGGGGAGACAAGCGAGAGGAGGAUUACGAAUUCGACGAGGAACGCACCGGCGUUUAUGCACGACCUACAGAUCGAUUCUCGACACCGGAUCGCUACGCGGCUGCGAUGGACCGUCCUCGAUCAAAUAGCAACGGCAGCGUCGUUGAAUCGCCAUAUGGGUUUAUUCCACCGGAUCGCCGGCCAUCUGCACCGGAUUAUGGCUUCCAGUGCCCGCAACCAUAUCAAAGACCUAUGCCACCUGCGCCCAUUUCCCACUCCCAAACACCUUCAUAUCAGUCACACCUCUCAUUCGGUUCUACGCCAACUCACUACCCGGCUCCGCACAUGCCCCCUACACCUCCGCCAGUUGUAUCAUCAGGGAUGUAUUCUCCGCAACAUACAUAUGCACAAAUUCGACACCAAUCCAAUGCUUCCGAGUAUGAAGGGACGCCCGGUGGGUACCCCAUGGCACCUCGGAUGCCCGAGCAACGGAUGGGCUACCCUAAGCCGUCGGUGACUUCCUACCACAUGGAACCGCCCAAAGCACAACCGUACAUGGACCCUCGCAUGGAGCCGCCAAAAAUGCAAUCAUCCUACGUGGAGCCUCGCAUGGAACCACCAAAAGCACCGACUUACAUGGAUCCCCGUAUGGAAUCACGCAUGGAAUCUCGCAUGCCGGACCCGAACCUCUACCACCCAGUGCCACAAGCAGCAGUGUCGCGCACUGAGGCCCCGAGCAUGGUGUCGGCAUUGCCGCCUCUGAAAACUCUUCCCAAUGAAUAUUCCAAUCAGGUUGUUCCCUCGGUGGAAUGCACGUCUCCAAGUCCAGGAUACGACAAUGUCUCAGGGAAGCGGAUGCUAUACCAGACCGGUCCAGCAUACGGAAAGCGAUCCCACGAAGAUUCAUUCGGACUUGAUCAGCGCUCUAUGCAGAAUGGUAUGCGGCCAGAUGCUGAGCCUUAUCCUCCCGCCUACCGCGAUUUCGCUGGCGAGAGCCGGGCAGCACUGAUGGCUGAAAUGGGCAUUGAAAUGUCCUACAAGCGUGCCAACGGCCGCACUGUACAGAAAGCUCCUCCGCCGACUUGA